AUGAGCUCGCAAGGUAAAAGCAGUCUGGGAAGCUGUGAUAGUGAUGAGAAGAAAUAUGAACUUGUGCCUCCGGAGGGUGGUUGGGGCUUCGUAGUGUGUGUGGGCCUAUCUGUUAUUUUUAUAGCAGGGACUGCCCAUCAACCUGUUUUUGGUUUCAUAUACAAUGACUUCUUAGACGAACUAGGCGUUGGAACUGGCGCCGUCACAGUUGUAUAUGGCGUGUUUCAAGUCACACUUGCAAUUUCCGGUUUUUCAUCAAAUAUAGUACUAAAAAAGUUAUCUUUGCGUCAAGUUGGGCUUAUUGGAGCAUUCAUUUAUACACUUGCUUCGUUUCUAGCAAUUUUCGUAACGUCUACGACACAGUUAAUUAUAACGAAUGGAUUCCUACAAGGCUUGGGAAUGGGCUUACUCAUUCCAGUGUCGUACACAAGCUUCAACAGCUACUUUACAAGGAAGAAAGUACUUUAUUUAAGUCUAUGUAAGGCAUCUAUUGGCUUGAUAACAAUGGUGUAUCCAUUGUUUAUUAAAUUUACCAUAACGGAGUAUGGUUUUAGGGGAACGUUAGCUAUCCUCUGUGCGAUAUCAGCACAUAGUAUUUUUGGCGCUCUAGUCAUGCAUCCUGUACAAUGGUACAUGGUCAAAAGGAUGAAGUCCUGCGAAAAGAUUGUUCUUAUUCCUCCGACUCCAGCAACGGAAGAUGACCACGACAAGUUUAAUUUCAUAAAAUCAAACAUCACAAAUCAAGACACAAAAUCCGUACAAAAUUUGUACUCUAGAAAUAUAACUGAAACGCAUAAGGACUCAGGGUUACUGUUCAUUCCAAAAUUAGACUCAAGAAGGCUGAGUAUACCUGUUGUCCUCAUCCCUAGUGAUGGAAGGACGGAUAGUAAUUUUAAUUCCAGUGAUAAUGUAUAUAUAGAGAAUUUGUUUAAAGCAGCCUCUGUGUCAAGUUUAGGGAAUUUUGGCAAUAUCGCUGUAGAACCUAUGCCAAUUGUGAAAAAUAAAGAAGGCAAAUGGCAAACAGUAGCAGAGUAUUUAGAUUUAACACUACUAAAAGACUUGGUCUACGAUAACAUUAUAUUCGGGAUGGCGCUUACGUUUUUUGCUGAUUUGACAUUCUUCACUUUGGAGCCAUUAUUUUUAGAUAAAAAUAAUCUCAGCAAGGCUGAGAUUGCUAACAUAAUAGCCAUUGGUGGCGCUACAGACAUGUCAGCGAGGUUAUUACUCGGCUUUUCAGGACAGUUUUUCCGGUUAAAUAGUCGUUAUAUGUUCUACGCUGGAGCUUUUCUAGCAGCUUUAUUUAGAAUAGUUUUCUCACAAUUCACGACGUACCUUCCGUUACUGAUACUAACGGGUAUCCUGGGAGCAUUGAGAUCAUUAGUUCACAUAGCACAGCCUAUAGUGAUGGCUGACCAUGUGCCUAUAGAGAGGUACCCGCCGGCCUAUGGACUCUACAUGUUGCUAGCCGGAGCCAUUAGCCUGAGUGUGGGACCUAUGAUUGGUUUUAUACGAGAUUACACAGGGAGUUACGUUAUUGCAUUUGUCAUGCUAGCAAUCUGCAAUAUGUGUUGUGUGAUCCCUUGGACAGUGGAAGGCAUCAUAAUGCUGAUCAAACGAAGGAAGAGUAGUGCUCAAACA